AUGGCUUUAUACAGAGAUUUACAAUUGAACUCUGGCAUGCGUUGUGCUAAAUACAUGCUAUUGAUCGUUAGUUUCAUGUUUGCGAUCACUGCCAUUUUAUUGGUUAUGGUCGGCAGCACAAUUCAAGCGAUUUUUGGUGAUUUCCGACAAUUCGUUGAUGAUCAUUUCUUGUCACCCCCAGCGCUCUUGAUAGCAAUAGGCUUUAUAUUAUUGUUCGUAGCCACGUUAGGAGCUUACGGUGCUGCAAGGGAGAGUGUUAUGCUUAUUAACUUAUACGGUCUUUGUUUAUUUAUCGUUUUUAUAUUGGAAGUUUCUGCCUCAUUAGCAGCUUUUAUUAUGCAAGGGCAAGUGCGUGAAAUGUUGAUUCGUACUAUGAAUGAAUCGUUAGCUGAAUACGAGGAUAACCCAUACAUACAAGGAGGCGUUGAUUUUAUGCAAAGCGGUUUAGAGUGUUGCGGCGUGAAUGCCCCAGACGAUUGGAGUAACUAUUGGAAACCAAAUAUCGGUAAUAGUGAGGAGAUACCUGUGCCGCCGUCUUGUUGUGGCAGCUUUUCACCCAACAAUCUUAUGCAUUGCGAAAUGAUGUAUGAGAGCGGUUGUUUGGAACGCAUGGAUUUCAUCAUAUCCCAGAGUACCAUGCUAAUAGCGACAGGUGCAACUACAGUGGCUUUUGUACAGCUGUUAGGUUCGAUUUGUGCCUUCAUGUUGGCAAAAACUUUGAGACGCAAUAAAUCUAUUCGUGAGGCUAGACGCUGGCAAUUACAACAAAGUUUGGGCGUUUUAAUAUCUGGCGGCAAGAUGGUUCCGCCCUCGAAUUCACCCAUGACGGGUUAUACGCAAUUGGAAAAAGCUGAAAAAUUUUCAGAGAACGAUCCCAUCACUUAUACGCCCAACAGUCCCAGUGUUAAUUAAAUAAAGUUUGGGAGAAGAAAGGUGUGUGAGUGUUAGAUUUAAAAACUGAAAACUCUGUUUAAAUUUCAUAUAUUUAUCUGAUUAAUAAAAAUAUAAUAAAGCUUGUUUGUUUAAUCGCCAAAAAAA